GUUUUUUCCGUUUUGGGGUAUUGGAUGGAUUUCGCGCGGGUAGCCUAGUCAACAUAGAUGAAUUCUGCAACAUAAUUUAGUUUGCCGAGCUAGGUUCUUCAAACACGUUUUUUUUAUUUUGUUCAUAACAUUUUUUUGAGAAUAGUAUUUCUUCGUAGCAACUAAGAGUAACAACAUCCAUUCUAUUUUACUUAUUUCAAUUGGGGUCCGACAUCGAUGAAUCCACACAAUGAAGCUUCAGUGCGAUGUUGAAGUGGUAAAUCGGAUGCUGCCCACAUAUGGAAUGAAAAGCCGAGGGAAGGGAGCAAGAGCUGUGUUGUCGAUCGGGAGACAUUUGGACAAGGCUACCCAACGUACAAAUAUUUAUCUGUUGAUAUGCACAGCAAAGGACAAGUCGGGAUCUAAAUAUAAGUUAAAGGAGAAUAUUGAAAAGUUCUUCACCUGGUUUGUGGAGGAAGGCAAGGCCACUGUGAGACUAAAAGAACCGGCUGUGGAUGUCUGCUUGAGUAAGGCCGAUGCUAACAGCCUGAAGAACUUCCUCUCUGCUGCCAGGCUGGCCCACAGAGGAAGUGAAAAUGACACUCUCCCGUUGUCUACCCUUACACCUGUCCGGGCCCGGGACGUGGAGAAGCCCAAGAAGAAGCUGACCAUUGUGUCCAAGAAGGACUAUCCCCUGACCUCCAACUUCCCCUACUCCCUGGAGCAGCUGCAGGUGUCCUACUGCAAGCUGUCCCGGGUAGACAUGCGCAUGCUCUCCCUCAAGUGUCUGCGCAGGCUGGACCUCAGCAACAACCACAUCAAGAAGCUGCCCACCACCAUCGGGGACCUGGGCUGCCUGGCCGAGCUGGUGCUCCACAAUAACCACCUGGAAGUCUUCAGCGAGGCCCUGUGCCUCUCCAGCCUGCAGCGCAGCCUCCAGGUCCUGGACCUGAGUAACAACCGUCUCCAGGUUCUCCCAGCCCAGUUUUGCCAACUGAGGGAGCUGGUCAACCUCAAGCUGGACAACAACUGCCUGCUGAGGCUCCCCUUCCACAUCGGCCGGCUCUCCAAGCUGUGCUACCUCUCAGCCGCCCACAACAAGCUGCCCUUCCUGCCCGGAAACUUCCGGAAGCUGUCUCUGGAGAACUUGGACCUUUUUGGCAACGCCUUCACCCAGCCAAACCCACUGGACCACACCAUCCAACUCACAUUCCCACUUACGCUGCAGGAAAUGGCCUCUCGUGCUGUGCUCGACCUCAGAAUCCCCUACGGGCCUCGCGUCCUGCCUGCCCACUUGUGCCUGGAGCUGGAGCUGGCCAAGACCUGCGACUGUGGCCAGGCCUGCCUGGGCUCCUACAUCCAGACCACGGUCAACAUGAACCUGCACUCGGUCUCCCACACGGUGGUGCUGGUGGAUGACAUGGGGGGCACGGAGGCCCCGGUCCAGCGCCAUUUCUGCUCCCUCACCUGCUACUCCGAGUUCCUGGACAGCUGCCUCCAGCGCAGUCUGAGAUGAUCCCGCCUGGGUCCACCCGCCACGGUCCCGGGUGACGGUCCGCGUCAGAGGCAGCGGGCCGGUUUUAAGGCAUUACGGCGGACAGCUUGUACCCCAUGACAAGGUCCUCUUUCGCAUCGAGUAGGUGCUCAUUGUCACAGAUGGCGCUCCUCACCGAUUUGGCAGCUGGUGACAGAGGCAGGCUCUUCCAGAAGUGCGCUAGCUGCUAAUCGACGAGGCAUCAAGAGGCUCUUGUUGUAGCUGCUGGGGCAAACAAGAGAAUGCUCUCUGGACAGUUAGUCCGGUUCACUAUGUAUAGACUCUCUUAACAGGGAGAGCAAAUUGUGCACUGAUUUUUGAAAAAGUUUGAAUGGCAGCUUUGGAAAUAGGGAAAAUUAAACAACACAGUAUGCAGUAUUUGUUUGUUAGUCUUUCGUAUGAACACCGUCUUUCACUCGGUUUAUGCAACCAUGUUCAAAUAUUGAGCAAUACCAAUGAAUUGUGUGAAUGUCUUCAAUGCAUAAAAAUGGUCUUUAGAUUAAUCUAGAGGUUAUUUGCAUGCAUUAGUGUGCAUGCAGUGAAGUGGUGCGGGUGUUCUCUGGGUCUCCAGAAUUGUUUACGCAUUCAGUCCAAAUCAAAACUCCUUUUUCUUAUGAGUCUGUGUGCAUCACUGAGGUUUUUUUUCCAAGUUACUCUUGUGUUUUAACAUUGUAUUAGUUGUCAGAAAAAUAAAAUGUCAAUUUUAA